AUGACCGAGACUACCGAAGCUGAGGAGGCGAUCCCAAUUGAGGAGCUGACACCCGAGGAAGCGAACCGCAUCAUUCACUCACACCGAAAAGUGCGAUAUGGCAAACAAAGAAAGGUCAAGUGUGACAACAAGCAGCCAUGUGAGAAUUGCGUCAAACGGGAGCAUCCUCAGCUGUGCUCGUACAAACCAAACCGCUCUUCCGCCACCAGGAAUGCUUCUGCGGCUCAAAAUGGUCAGGCCAAGAAACGUGCUCGCUCAUUCUCAGAUGCCCACGAAGAAAGCCGAAAAUCCGAGCGCGGCGACAGUUGGCCGCGAACUAUAGGUAUAUCAACAAGUCUAGAUGAUACAGAGUCUGUGGGGGAUCGUUACCUUGGCCAGAAUAGCAUUCCGGCCUUACUCCGAGAGCAGUCCUCGCCAAUUGAAAAGAAUGUGAGCGUGGAUAUCCGAGGUGACAUGCGGUCUAUACUGGGCCUUGAUACCUCCGCCCCGUUUCCUCUCAUGUCGUCUCAUCAUCUCCAUCGAUUAGCCCAGGAUAUCUCAGCUGAGCUCCCCUCUGACCGAGAGGUCAUGAAAUUAUUCCGUACAUACAAAGAAAUUCCUCAACCCUUCUGGGGAUUCGUUUGUGAUAUUGAUGAUUUCGAAUCAAAGCUCAUGGUCUACCUUGAGGACCGUUCCCGCAACGCCUCGACUGCUAUGAAAUCUUCAAGACCAGUAGCAGCAUCCUGGCUUGCCAUUUUAUUUGCCGUCUUGGCUGUUGGCUCUCAGUACCAUGAGAGCCCAUACCAUAUUCGCACUCGCGACUCUCAAAGAUAUAUACAGAUUUCGUUUCAUUUUCUGCGAUUGGGUAACUUUUUGCUGCGUCCAUCAUUUGACUCCAUCCAGGCCUUAUUGCUUACAAGUUUUGUCCUUUUGAAUGAUAUGAAGGCAGAAGCCUCCUGGGCAUUGACCGGUCUCACAUGCCGCUUGGCACAGUCGCUGGGACUUCACCGCACUUCUAGCUUGGAGGGCCGUGACAGUGUCCCGCCGGAUGCCAAGGUGAAGGAGAUGACGCGACGGAAGCUUUGGUGGACAUGCGUUUGGCACGAUACUCUGACGUCUCUUUCAUUCGAUAGGUAUGUGUUUUCUCGGUCCUAUUCUCCAUGUCGCCGAGCUAACGUCCUCCGGAGAACUCCCAUGACAAAUUUCCCAAGCUGCGAUAUCCCUAUUAGCUCUGACACAGCACCCGGCAAAUUCACAUAUCUAGAGAUGAUGUAUCAUCUCAUAGAGAUUAUUUCACGACGACUCAACCCCGACGCAAUCGCGACAUCAACCUACGCGCAAAUUGUGGACAAUUGCGAGGCAGUGGAGAACCUUCGCCGCCGUUCACUACCACAUAUGCAGGACAAGGAGCAGUGCAAGACGGCACUCCACCGUCUCCAAUACUACGCAAUCCGGCUACACACCUCCUUCGUCAUCUCAGUAGCGUGUCGGCCUGCUCUCAAACGCACUUGUGAUUUCGACCCUAAGCAAAAGAAGGAGCUGGCAGAUAGGUGCAAAGAUAACCUCACACAAACGGUCCGGAUGUUUCUGGCAAUGCACCAACUUUCCGUGAUUCCAACUCGAACGUGGGCAUUCACAUACCACGGGCUGUCGUCUGCGCUCCUUCUCGGUAUUCUGUGCGAGACCAAGGCGGACCCGGAAAUUCGCCAGCUUCAAGGAGACCUGAUUGCCGCGCUUUCGGCCACCGCCGCAAAGGAGGCCAGUUCGCCCGAGCCCCAUAUCGCGGUGAGCGACAAGGACAUUGAGCUCUCGGGACCCUUGUGGCGGGCCCUCACUGCCCUCAAGAACAUAUACGAGCACGGCACGGUCAUCGGCACGCUACUCAAGCGCGAAGGGGAUUCAUCCGGCGGCGGGAGUGGCACCAGAACGCCUCUUCCGCCAUUCAUGCUGAGCAGCGCCAGCGCAGCAAGCCUAGGUGCGCAGCUACGUGCCGCGCAAGCAGCAGGCGACCCUCGCGAGGACGCUGCGCUCGCCAUGGCCGAGAUGCAGAACGGGGCGUCGCUACAGGAUUUUGCAGGGCAAGUUUCAAAACGACGGGCUCCUUUUUCCAACAGUGCAUGUCUAACUGCGAUGCAGGAUCACUUUCCCCCAGCCGCUACCGGUGAGUAUGAACCUCGACGGCCUCCCUGGCCUAUCGGUCGACCAGGCACAAUUGGCGCCAAUGGACCUGUACGACUCCAUUUGGGGUGGUGA